GUAUCGUAUAUCCCUACAUAAAGUUUUAUCUCAAUUACCUCUAUUGUCUUGAUAUAGUCGUUAUCAUACAUUCAAAAAAUCAGCCGAGGUAAGCAGGCUGUCUCUCUAAAUGAUUGCUAUACAGCGCGCCCAGUAUAUUUCAACGGACCAGGGCGGUACCGCGGAGCGGAGGCGGCAACGGCGCCCCAUGCAGGCGCUUCUAGUUCUCUAUAAUUCCACUUGCCGCGUCACCGCACCCUAUGUCCAGCGCCAACAGCCUGCGCAGUUGCUGAUUUUUAGGUGUCCCUGGGGACGGGGGCUAGGGGACUGUGGACAUCCAAUGUGAAUGUCAACAACCCCGCGCAUCUUUUACCGCGCAGUAGUCGAGAUGUGAUCAGUCAAACAUUAAAUUUAAUGCAAGCGUGUGUGCAUAUCAGACACAGAUGAAUCCAUUUUGUGAAAAUCAGAACUAAUAUUUAGUGAUUUAUUGGAAUAACUUUUGUGAAUCUGGGCUUGACUCAGUUGAAAUCGUGAUUAUCGUGUAGUGAUUUCGUGUUACAGAUUGUUGUGAUAGUGUUGAAUUGUGUUAUUUGUUUUUGUUAGUUUGUUGGGUCCGGUGCCGGGACUCCGGCCCUCGUUUACAUAAAAUGGCGUCAUCACAAAUAAAUAACUAUCAAUACAUAAUGGAUAGCGAUAUAACUCCCGAGAUUUUAAGAUCAAUGAGAACUCAAUAUUACUCGAAACUUCCAACCACCUACACUUCGGAAUGUACAAGUGGAAAAAAAAUAUUUAUGUGUAAUAUGGCGAGUCAGGACUUCGUAAAUAUAGUUCUGCAACGAAUGAGAGGGGUUGGUGCCGAAUUUGAAGGCCACACUACAGAUAAAAUGGCUUUAAAAAUUGAACUUGAGCAUUACAAAGUAGUUGUUGUUAAUGGAAAGGAAUGGUUGGUUAAAAAUAUUUGUGGACACGAUAAGAUCAUAGUGCCGUGGGAGGAUUCCUUCGAGCUCGUCUGGAAGUUACAUCUUGAGAACGCCCACCCAGAGCCCGCAGAGCUAAUGGACAUUAUGCAAAAAAAUUACUUGAUAAACAGGAACACUAUAGAAUGUAUUACCGAAGUGUGCCCUGUAUGUCAAGGUGAUAAUCAACCAAACGUUAAAUAUACAUUGGAUAUCAUACCAAUGUGUACUGAUCCCGACUUUUCAUUCAGUAGCAUUUUAGCUUACGAAGAUGUUUUUACUAAGUUCGUACAUUUGCGACCGAUCUACAAAGACCUAUCAAUAGAUGAACUAAAGGUUGAGCUGAUGCGAGUGUUCAUGGAUUUUGGACCUCCGAGAAAAAUUUUGCUUAGCCACGCUGUGCUGACGGAAGCCAUUUCCAAAGUAAAAGAUUUCAGACACAAUUUCGAUUUUGACGUUAUUGUCAAGAAAGUUCAAUUAGAUUUUGAUAAAAUUAAUCGCCUCAAAGCGACAAUAAGUAAAUGGAUGAGAGACAACAAGUCUAAAAAAUGGGGGGCUAAUAUUCAUAAAAUUGAAUGGGAGCUUAAUAACAGAGUCACUGGAAAAGACCACAUGUCUGCAAACUCUAGAGUGUUUGCCGUGAAAUUAAUGAGAGCUGAAAGGGAGAAAUUAAACUUGAAGAACCAGGCAAUAGAAAAUUUGCCUUCACCAAGUGUAUACAGUCGAUGCGAUCCCGUUCUGCCUAUUAACAUAAGUCCUGCGGAUGUGGCGAACGAAACUUUUUCUUUUGAUAUGGACGAAAACUUGUUAAAUUUAGUUGCGGGUACUUCGACAGAGGAAAGAGAUACCCUGACAUUUGAUGAUGAUAACAUUUUUCAAAACAUUUUAGUUACUGAUGGACAAUAUGACAUACCAAUGUUCAGCGGUGGAACGGAUCUAGAUUUAUUACAGCAGGAGACUGCCCCGCCAACCUAUGAAUACCCAUUAUCAGAAGGAAUGGAAGUAGCGGGUGCCCCAGUAUCGGAUCAAAUUGAACAAAUUACCGAUUUACAAAUACCGAGUGAAGGCUUCUUAGCUUACACCCUGAACACUACCAACACUAACACACAAACCACAGGAUCAACAUUAGUCUUGAUAUAUAAAGCGCCAUGCACGCAGGUCUAUCCGGCUGGAUCUGAACAUUUUUGAUUAGACAAUCAAGGAUGUACAGCCGUCAAUCAAGAGAUGGCUUGUAUUCCUGAAGUUAAUCACUCGCAUAACAUCAUGGACUGGGAUGAAAGCAUUAUUAGUGGUGAUAACUACGAGGGAUGUGAUGGUACGGUGCAUAAUGAGGGGAGAGAAAAUAUGGCUGAAGAAAAUGUGAUAGUAAAACGUGAAAAACGCAAACUGACCAUCCCAUCCUCUCUGGGUUACGGCGAGCGUGGGGCCGGCAACGUGAUCCCUCCCCAUGCUACCCUCCACUUUGAUGUGGAACUCAUCAACAUCGGUGACUCGCCCCCGACCACCAACGUCUUCAAAGAAAUCGACGCUGACGCCGACAACAUGCUGUCCCGUGAAGAAGUGAGUAUAGAGUUAGCGUUCCAAGCCAUGGAUACCGAUGGAGACAAAGAAUUAUCGCGCGAGGAGGUCAGCGAAUACUUGAAGAAGCAGAUGGUUCCGUCCGACGGCGCCGAGAUGAGUGACGACAUCAAACAGAUGCUGGAGAGUCACGACAAGCUUGUAGAAGAGAUCUUCCAACACGAAGAUAAGGAUAAGAAUGGAUUUAUCAGCCACGAGGAAUUCUCAGGGCCAAAACAUGAUGAACUCUAAAUACCUAAUUAUUUAAUGUAGAAAACUCGCUCCCGUAUCAAUACUGAUUUCAUAUUUAGCGCAGUGACGGGAGCCGAGUCCGUAAGUUGUGCGUGCAUUAAGUGUUUACAAUUAUUUAUACCCGGUCAUAAGUAAAUUUCCAAUAGACCUGCGAUGUAAUGAUGUCGAUCUACGGAUCCAGUAUGUGUAGAUUUAGUAAGUUUUAAGAGUCAUUUUAUAAAUUUUUGUUGAGUCUUUUGUACUUAGUUUAUUUUACUUGUGUUGUUGGUGCAAUGGAGUUUUGUUAUUUAGAGUACGAUUAUUAGUAUAACUAUAUGCUUUUAUGGUUUAUUUCUGUAUGAUAUUUUUUAACUUUCUGCAUAAUAUUACCUAUCGAUGUCUAUUUUGCAUGUAAUUUAUAACUUUUAAUGGUCAACUGAAUAAUCAUAUAAUAUUAUAAAUGUAGUAGAUGGAACCAUAUGAUAAUCUCAAUGUAACUUAUUAUUAUCCAAUAACGGUUAUAUAUCUAAGUAAUAAUUAAGUCAUAUCUAUCCGCAGGAGUACAUAAAGCUCCAUUACAUACUCUCUGUAUUGCAUAAUCAAAUUAGAAUGAUACAGAACUACAGCACUUCCCCUAUAUUUGAGUUGACUAUAAUCUAUUCUGUAAUUACUUUCUUGCUCAAAUACUCUAUCGUUUCUCGUGUUUGUAUGUCCUUGAAUUGUCAGCUUCAAUGCAAUUUGAUUUAAUUCAAUCCUGUUUUGGGAUCUUGAAUUAACUGUUUGUAAUACUUACUUAUAAUAAUUAUGUAACUUUAUUUUAAGUGCGUACGUCGUAAAAGACAACGAUUACCUACCCUGUUCGACGUUCAUUCCGCUGUGGUUUAAAUAAACUUAUUUAUACCUUUACCUACCAAUAA